AUGAGUCUCCAGAUCCUACCCAGACUCUUGAACCUGGCAGCAGUGAGCCUGCUGAGGGAUGAGGCCUUGGCCAUUGCAGCUCUUGAGUAUCUGCCCAUCGAACUCUUCCCCCCACUCUUCAUGGAAGCCUUCUGUGGGAGUCGAAGUGAGACCCUGAAGGCCAUGGUGUAUGCCUGGCCCUUUGUCCGUCUGCCUCUGGGGGGCCUGAUGCAAAAGCCUCACUUGGGGACCUUACAAGCAGUUCUGGAUGGUCUUGAUAUCCUGCUUGCCCAGAAAAAUCAUUCCAAGAGGUGCAAACUGCGGGUGCUGGAUUUAAGGAAUACUGGCCAGGACUUCUGGAAAAUGUGGUCUGGAUCAAGUGUCCAUGUGUCCUCAAGCUCAUCAUUGACACCAGUGGCUGACGUCAGGUCAGGGACAGAGCAGCCCUUGGCUUCUUUAGAGGUGUUCAUAGAACUGCACUUCAAGGAAAGUAUCAUAGAUGACUUCCUCAUCUACCUCAUGAGGUGGGUGGAGCAGAGAAAAGCUUCCAUACAUCUGUGCUCUAAUAAGCUGAAGAUCGCUUCAACGCCCUUAGAAAAUAUUGUGCAGGUCCUGGGUAUAGUGCAACUGGACUGUAUUCAGGAAGUGGAAGUGAAUUGCAUUUGGCAUCUGUCCACUCUGGCCAUGUUUGCUCCUUUCUUGGGCCAAAUGAGUAAUAUACAGAGACUCCAUCUCUCCCACAUCCAUGGGCUAGCAUUUGAAGAGGAGGAAGAGUAUCACCAUGCUGUCCAAAUUACCUCUCAGUUCCUCAGGUUGUACCACCUCCGAGAUCUGUAUUUGGAGACUCCCUCCUUCCUUGAAGGCUGCCUGAACCAGAUGCUCAGGUGCCUGAUGACUCCCUUGGAAAACCUUGCUAUAACUCACUCUCUCCUUACGGAUUCAGACUUGACCCAUCUGUCCCAAUGUCCAAACAUCAGUCAGCUAAAGGGCCUGGAUCUGACUGGUGACCUCCUGACGUACUCCAAUGCUGAGCGCCUCUCAGUUCUGCUGGAGAAAGUUGCAGGCACACUUGAAAAACUGGACUUAAACAUGUGUGGGAUUAGGGACUUCCAUCUUGAAGCCAUCCUGCCUGCCCUGAGCCACUGCUUCCAGCUCAAGUACUUCAGCAUGUGUGGAAACCUCCUCUCCAUGGCUAUCAUGGAGAAGAUGCUGCGACACACCUCCGCACUGCCCAGUUUAAAUAAAGAGCUGUAUCCUGUCCCUCAGGAGAGUUUGCUGUCUAGGGGAAUCCGUCGACCACAGAGACUUACACAGUGUCGGGCUGAACUGUUUGAGAUUCUGAAGGACUUAGGACGUCCCAGGACCAUUUGGAUUAGCUCUAUCUCCUGUCCACAGUGUGAAGGUCAUGCAUUCUCUCAUCCUGAGCCCAUUAUAUACCAGGGAAAUAUCCUUGCCUAG